GUUUUCGUUUUUUUGACUCCCAAUUUUCCAUUUUAAUCUCCAGAGUCUGCUUCUUCAGUUUUCUGCUUUCUGCACAACAAAAAACCCAAUCUUAUUCUGCUCUGAAAUCCCAAGCAUUUUCCUUAUCUGUGCCUCUAUUUAUUAUUUAUUAUUCAUUCCAUUUAGCCGCGUUAGUGAUUGUCGCCACGGUAGAUCUUUCAUGAUUAGUUUUUUCCGCUGAAUAUUAGCUUAAUUGCUUACAAUGAUUCAUGCUCCAACCUGAUCUGUAACCUGGGCAUUUUCAGCUACAUUUUGGUACUUCCGCCAAAUUGUCUUUGGUAUAUGUUGUUUUUUUGUUGUUUCCUCUUCCGACUUUUCCGUUUCUAAUAUAAUGCUGUUAUAGUUUAUGUUCCUUUAUUUGAAUCGCACUUGUUCUUUUAGCCCUCAAACUUUACUGGGUCUAUAUUCUUGUUAGGCUCUGUUCAAGUUUGACUUCAAAAGUUCUCUCUUUUUUUCCUCCCUUAUUUUAUUCAUUUUUCUUCUUGCGGUUUUUCUUUUACAUUUUUAUUAACCCCACGUGGUCCGGGGAUUCUAGUGCCAUUUUAUCUUCUGGGUUUGUCGAUUUUAUGGGUUUUUGAACUUGAAGUGAGAGUUUGGUGAUCUGAAUUUGAGUUACGAUUAGGGGGGGUUGUUGGAUGCAACUUUUGGCUAAAAUAAUUGACGAGUUUUAUGCUUAGUUUCCAAGAUGCUGCCUGAUCAGAGAAAAAAGUCCUCUGUAGAUAUAGACUUCUUUACAGAAUAUGGCGAAGGGAGUAGAUACAAAAUAGAGGAAGUGAUUGGUAAAGGAAGCUAUGGUGUUGUUUGCUCUGCAUAUGAUACACACACUGGAGAAAAGGUUGCAAUAAAGAAAAUCAAUGACAUAUUUGAACAUGUUUCUGAUGCCACCCGGAUUCUUCGUGAGAUCAAGCUUCUUAGACUCUUACGUCAUCCCGAUAUCGUGGAGAUCAAGCAUAUUUUGUUACCUCCUUCUAGAAGGGAAUUCAAAGAUAUAUAUGUUGUUUUUGAACUCAUGGAAUCUGAUUUACAUCAGGUCAUCAAAGCAAAUGAUGAUUUGACUCCAGAGCAUUACCAGUUUUUUCUCUAUCAGCUUCUUCGAGGCUUGAAGUAUAUACACACAGCAAAUGUUUUUCACCGAGAUCUAAAGCCAAAAAACAUUUUAGCAAAUGCUGACUGCAAACUGAAGAUUUGCGACUUUGGUCUUGCCAGAGUGGCUUUCAAUGAUACGCCCACUGCUAUAUUCUGGACAGAUUAUGUUGCAACAAGGUGGUACAGGGCACCAGAGUUGUGUGGAUCCUUUUUCUCCAAGUAUACACCAGCCAUAGACAUAUGGAGCAUUGGCUGCAUUUUUGCAGAACUUUUAACUGGAAAGCCUCUUUUCCCGGGGAAGAAUGUUGUCCAUCAAUUGGACCUCAUGACUGAUUUUCUAGGAACACCAUCUCAUGAAGCCAUUGCUAGGGUACGAAAUGAGAAAGCUCGGAGAUACUUGAGCAGCAUGCGCAAGAAGAAGCCAGUUCCUUUCUCCCACAAGUUUCCUAAUGCAGACCCCCUUGCUCUUCGUGUGCUAGAAAGAAUGCUGGCAUUUGAACCUAAGGAUCGACCUACUGCUGAAGAGGCUCUAGCUGAUCCAUAUUUUAAAGGCUUGGCCAAGGUUGAGAGGGAGCCUUCUGCUCAGCCAGUUACCAAGAUAGAAUUUGAAUUUGAGAGACGAAGGAUAACAAAGGAAGAUGUGCGAGAGCUUAUAUACCGAGAGAUUCUGGAGUACCAUCCAAAGAUGUUAAAGGAACAUCUAGAGGGAGAAGAGCCAACAGGAUUCAUGUAUCCAAGUGCUGUGGACCACUUCAAGAAGCAAUUUGCAUAUCUUGAGGAGCAUUAUGGAAAAGGUGGAACUGUUACUCCACCUGAGAGGCAACAUGCAUCAUUACCCAGGCAGUGUGUGUUGUAUCCAGAUAACUCAAGACAGAAUAUGACUGAGGUUACAGACAAUCUCUCCAAGUGUUGCAUCAAAGAAGUUGAGAAGCCAGCUGUAGAUAGGACUCGUGGUACCCCUGUGACAAGGCUUCCUUUACAAGCUCCUCAAAAUAUUCAUGGUGUGAUGACCGAUCUUAGCAUUGCUGCACGGCCUGGAAAAGUUGUUGGUUCAGCAUUGCAUUACAACAACUGUGGGGUAGCAGUGACAGCAAAGGCUGAGCAGCGGAAGAUGGUUAAAAAUCCAUCUGUUUCAGCUCAGUAUGCUACUUCAAGCUGUUCAUAUCCCAGAAGAAACCCAAGCUGUAAAAAUGAGAGGGCAGAAGAUGGGAUUGAAGGUUCUAAUGGGCUUCAGCCAAAGCCUCAAUACAUAGCACGAAAAGUUGCUGCUGCUCAAGGUGGAGCCGGUGGUAAUUGGUAUUGAUUCUGGAUAUUUUGAAACUGUGGCCAACAACUUGUUGGUGCCAGGCAACUGCUAUGUGGGGUUCUUGUCCCACACCGAACCCAUCUGAAUUGAACAAAAUAUAUGAGUGACAAAACCUUGAUUGCUAUCAUACGGUUGGAGAGCUAAAGGGAUUGAAAUGUAAACAAGUUUGUAGCUGAUGUUUUAUUAGAUCUUGCAAUUUACUUCAACAAUUGGAAGGUUGGAAGGUGCCACAUUGUCCAAUUAUGAUUUUCUUGCUCUCUAGUUCGUUAAUAACAUAGAACGAAAGAUCUGGAAAGCAUGAAAUGAAGGCAGUACAGUUGCUGCCACCAUAUUUGUGCUGUUCUCUUUAUUGCAGA